GUGAACAAGGGGUCUAUCCAAGUUCAAAGAGAUCCACUGGAUUCAGAAGAGUGGCAGUUUAAGCUCAGAACAGAAGUGGCCUGGGAUGAAGAGCUCACCACCCAUGAGCACAAAGCUCAAUCAGGUGGCAAGCAGGAGGCCAUCAGCUGGAUGAAGAUCAAGGGGCAAGUCCUGCCCAGUGAGUCCCACAAUACUGCAAAUGAGGCAUUGGAGGCAGUGGUGCCUGGAAAGAGGAGAAGACCAUUGGCAAUUGAAGACAAGAAGGGGGUUGAUGAUGAAGCUUCAGCUCCUGAGACUGAUGAAAAGGACAGCAAACUAGACAAGAACAAUGUCUUUGAUGCUGAGCAGGAAGCUGAAAAGUUGUCUCAGAUUGGUGGCAAAGGGGGCACAGAGGCCAAGGCCAGGAUCAGCAAGAUGCUGAAACUGGUUGAAAAAGUCAAGGGUGAAGUUGGCUCAAAGAAGGCAGCAUACUUGAAGGAGUCUGAAGCUGCCUUGAAAGUGCUGCUCAAAAAAAAGCCAACAGUGGAAGUUGCAAAAGAAAAACUCUUUGACUGCGCACUGGCCAUCAAAAAAGCAAAGAACCUGUGA